AAAAAUGUGACAAUUAGGUGUGAACGAGAUUUUGAUAUUAAACUGCAAGCAUAUUUUUGGACAGCUACUUUUUCAGGUAGCUUUAAUUCAUUAGAUUUUUCCCCAAGUGAAGCUCAAAUAAAUAAACGCGGUCAAAAAUGCGCGUUUGGACUCACAUUUGUUGCCUGGUUGUCCUGUUUGUCGGCAUAAUCCGAACAUGUUUUACCAACAAAAAUUACAACGCAACCAACCCCAUCUACUGCAAGGGAGGUCGCCGUGUGUGUGUCCGCGGGGCCGAGUGUGUUAGAGACAAAUGUGUCUGCAAAACCGGAAAAGGAAACGGCUAUUUUCAGUGUCACAAUGAUGACACUGACGUCUGCUACGAAUCCGGAGAUCCACACUUGGUGACGUUUUCAGGUUCCAAUGCUGACAUCGAUAUGCCUUGCCGUCACCACCUAGCCUCGUUUUGGAAGAAAGACCUCGUUUCCAAAAAUACCUGCAAGUUUAAAGUAUUUGGAGUCAAUCAAGUUUGCAGCCAAGGUGUGUACUACGCCAGCCAGGCCACGGUGGAUCUAACGGUCAUUGACCUCAAGGGCUACAGCCACCGACUCCAGGUCGUGAUGAGUGACGGCUUUGGCGUGUAUCAGCUGGGCAACUCACGCCCCCACGUUUUUGACGGGGAAUGUGACAACAUCGAGCUGAACAUGGGGGACAUUACAGUCUUCAUCAACUUCGACGUCGAGGACAAAUUCUUCCAGGUUCGGAUCCCAGCCUGUCAAACAAUCGUCAAGUUUAGGGCACCAGACUUCGAUGCCAGGCAGAUCAGAAAUCAGCUGAGGACCCCUGGUAUAUUCAUAUCAUCUGUGAAUCCCAUCUUCCCUUUACUAACAUCAAGCAACCAGGCCCAGCUGUGUUUGACGCCUGCACAGAACACGACGUACUACGAAGAUGAAGCCAAGGCUAAAGACUUUGAAAACGAAAGGCUGGAGGUCCUGCGUAGAUACCUGGAGGAUAGCGAACACGGUCAAGAGCAGGACGGAAAGUACGCUUCAGAUUGCCAGAAAGUACAGAAGAACUAUGCCAACUAUUGCCCUAAAGCCAGGAAACUAAUCGCUCUCAGGGCGUGUGGACCAAUUCUCGGCAGCCGUACACUGACAGACUGUCUGAUCCUGAGCAAACAGAACUUCAUGGCGGCCUUUGAAAGAUGCAUCUUCGCUUUUUGUAGGCGUGACGUCCCCGCAUGUAAAGCAGCCCAGUCUAUCCUGGAUGUAUGUGGAUACAAGAGUCUUGACUGUAGAUCUCUGGCCUGAUCAGAUGUACAUUCUCAAUGAAGAGAGGGCAAAGGUUAGGUCUUUCUUGG